ACCAGACUCAGUAACCCCGCACACACUCAGAACAGACGGAGUCACUGGAUUUUCACAAAACCUUUUUUUUGGAUACAGACAGAUCAAAUUCCUGGGACAUGGGCAUUUGUGGAUCCAAGACUCGGGAACAAGCGCAGGUCCUUAUGCUGGGCCUGGACGGGUCAGGAAAGACCACCCUCCUCUACAAACUGAUGUACAAUGAGAGUGUGGUGACCGUGCCAACUGUGGGCUUCAACGUGGAGACACUGGAGACAGACAGGAGCAGCCCAAGUCUGACUGUGUGGGAUGUGGGGGGACAGAAGAAGAUGAGGCCCCACUGGAGACAUCACUACACCGACACAGCUGGACUGGUGUUUGUGGUGGACAGCUGGGACCAGAACCGGCUGGACGAGGCCCGCAAGGAACUUCAUCGGGUCCUGAGAUACGACAGUCUCCGAGGAGUUCCUCUUGUGGUCCUCGCCAACAAGCAGGACCUCGCUGGAGCUCUGAGCCCAGAGGCACUUUGCCAGAAACUGGACAUGAGGCGAGUGUGUGAGGGCAGGGCCUGGUUCAUCCAGCCCUGCUCAGCCACCACCGGCGUUGGGCUCGAGGAAGGUUUCAGGAGGAUCGUCUAUCUGAUGAAGACCCCACUGAAACAGACGCGAGAGGACAUCAAAGUGAAAAUGAAGUCCAAAGGCUUCAGCAUCACAGCUGUGAAAGGAAUUGUGCUCUGCAGCAGAUGAUAGAUCUAGAACAAAAGUGUCUUCAUGCCUUUGUCUCUCUGUGAGUCCACAGCACAUGGCCACUCUGUGGUCUGAGGAAUAAUGAUGAUAACACGUUGAUUAGUGUUAAUAUCAGUGAGAGAUAAAAACUUUAAGCCUCUCGAGAACCUCAUGACAAUAUUCUACAUACUGUAGCUAUUGAAGCUUCGAGACACAUUUUUAAAUUGUGUCUUAUGUCAAAGUUUGUAUUCUCACAAAAAGGGUCAUGGUGACUUCAGCCUCCAUCAGAGAGACCAGAGAGUGAGGUAGAACACGGGAGAAUAAGUUCAGAACUGACAGAAUGAAACAGUGUCUUUAUCUGUGUAAAUUAAAAGGUUUAACAGGAUCAUGGAGGGGUGAGACACCCAUAAUCCGUUUUGGAUUAUCAGGGAAAAGCUGCGUGUGAAGUGUGAAAUCUGAGAAAACUAUGGAUAUGUCACAAAAUGUGUGCGACAGUGUACACCGUAUAUUUUACCCAAAUAGACUUAUUUAUUUUCCAUGUGUCGACUGUUUCUCUUAGUUUUUUACUUAUUUGCAUUAUUUUUAAUAUUACACUGUAAAAUAUAUAAAGACUAGACAUUUCUUGAACUGAUGGAUGGAUUUGUUUGAAUGUAGUGUAUUUCUUUAUUUAAACGCCAUGCUGGCUCUGUUUCACUACUGCCUUCCUACUGUCUUGAAAUAAAGAUGUUAUCAUAAACA